GAGGUGUAUGACAUGUCCAACGGCUACGAGGAUCACAUGGGAGGAGGAGAUGAGGUGACGGAUGCCAAGACUAACCUGAUAGUCAACUACCUUCCCCAGAGCAUGAGUCAGGAUGAGCUACGCAGCCUCUUCAGCAGCAUUGGCGAGGUGGAGUCCGCCAAGCUCAUACGGGACAAAGUGGCAGGUACGGAACACCUUGUCCCACAAUGCACUACAGGUGUGUGACCUCUGACCUUGGAGUAGAAUGAAUGGAGGAGUUGGUCUGCUGCGUGUAGGGCUCACAUUUACAGGGGUGUGUUCAGUGAACAUUUUGCUAUGUUGCGUCCUACUGAACACGACUCAGGUGUACCCCAGGGUGCUAGACACACCCUUAACAAACCGUGGGGACCCCCAUAAGUGUUGAAAUAUUACGAAGGACACCUCCAUAAGAAUGUUUGUCCUAGCCAGCCAGUCAGUGUGUAAACUAACUGGUAUCCUGCCCUGUCUGCCUCUUGUAGGUGUAUGAGAACUGCUGAUGAGACACAGCUUUGACAUUCUCACUAGUAACUUUGUGGUGAGAUGUUUGUAGUAUCUAUGCAAAUAGCUUUAUGUAAUAUGUUCGGUUUAGGCCUAGGACUAUGUCUCGCUGCAAUUUGAACAUUUGUCCUCCUAAACUUGACAUUUGAGGUUUUCCAAAUAGUUGUAUUUUGUAUAAAGCUGUUGGUGUAGAUAUUUACUCAUGCUCUCUGUCUGUCCGUGAGGGGCUCGGCUUUCCUUAUUCCAGGAAAACAGUCCAGUUUGGUCGAAGCCUAUUUCUUUGUCACUUGUUUUACGACUAGCAUGCACUGUGUAGAUUUGUUUUGUUUAAUCAUUUAUUUGACCAGUGUGCCGAUUUUUUUGAAACUAUACAACGUUUUUUUAUUUUCUUUUAUUGUUUUCCUUUUUUUUUCUCUAGGCCACAGUUUAGGGUACGGAUUUGUUAACUAUCUUACCCCUAGCGAUGCAGAAAGAGCUAUCAAUACUCUGAAUGGACUAAGGCUACAGUCUAAAACUAUCAAGGUAACGUGCAAUAAGGUGUUCCUACAGUUCUGUGUCAACCCAACCAUGUCAUGUCAUUAAACUAGCCCUUCUCUACUGAGGCGGAAUGUCAAAUCCACCCCUAGACACUUCCUCCUAGGCCCCGCUAUGGAUCUGAAAGGAUUGCGUGGGUGUUAGCAAUAUGGUCUUAUGUUAGCCUUUCUUUGCUCUUUUGAUAGGCUCUGUGACAUUUUCGCUAAUACCAACCCAGUCGUUUCAGAUGGGCAUGUAGUGCCAAGGGUUGGAUUUGGGAAUCGGCGUUACUAUGGGUCUAUAUUAGACUGGACAAGACAACAUCUGAUAGCCCACUGGCCCCGCUUCUGACGGAUGGAGUAGAGAAAUGUAACUGUAUUUUCAACUUUAUUGAAGACUAAACUUUAUUUUUAUUUAUUUAUUCAGCACCACUACUUCAGUUUGAAUUUUUUACACGUUCAUUUAAGUUUAGAACUUUUUAUUUGGUUUGGUAUGACAUUUCUUUUCACUCCUGAGAAUGUUUUUCCCUACGUUGAUUUUUGUUACUAUAAUUGUUGUUUACGUAAUUUUGAACACUCGGGAGGUACUACUUCUAUAUUGCCCAUCACAGCUCACUCAGGGAAUGGUUUUUUCUACGUAAAAGCCACAGUGGUCAUUCAAUGCACCUUAUCACUAUUUCAUGUUCUGGUUUUGGAGAUAUUACUCAUGAAGGCUCUAUCAAAAGCAAACCAUAGAACAGCUAGGACAACUACAAAACAUGAAUUUACCAGGAUUGCAUAAAAAUACAAACAUAAUUCAAUUCAAACAACCUUCCAACAUCUACUUUUUAUUUUAAAGUAAUUUCUAAUUUCUGGCAAGAUAUAAUUCAGGGUUGUAUGUAAUUAGUGUGUACUACUGCGGGUAUUGUCAGUGGUAUUUAAUGUGCUCUGUGCUGCCCUCUGGUGUUAGGUCUCGUAUGCGCGGCCGAGCUCUGACACCAUUAAAGAUGCCAACCUGUACAUAAGUGGCCUGCCCAAGACCAUGACCCAGAAAGACGUGGAGGACAUGUUUGCUCGCUACGGACGCAUCAUCAACUCCCGUGUGCUGGUUGACCAGGCCUCGGGUAGGACCACACACACACACACUUUAGAACCAGGCCUCAGUGUGUUCGUCUGUCUCUCAGCUGAACCUAUCCUGUUUAUUUAUUCUCCCAGGCCUGUCUCGUGGGGUGGCGUUCAUUCGGUUUGACAAGCGAGCGGAGGCAGAGGACGCCAUCAAAGACCUGAACGGACAGAAGCCCCCCGGAUCCGCUGAGCCAAUCACAGUGAAGUUUGCUGCCAGCCCCAACCAGGCCAAGAACACUCAGCUCAUAUCUCAGCUCUACCACAACCAGGGACGACGCUUUGGAGGGCCAGUUCACCACCAGGCUCAGAGAUUCAGGUAACACACACUGGAAUCUUUGUCCCCUCUCAGGUUCUCUAAAAUGAGUGUGGACAACAUCAGUGAAGAGAGACAGAGUGGUAACCCUAGCCCCCUCUGUCUUCCCCCAGGUUUUCUCCAAUGUCUGUGGACCAUAUGAGCGGUAUGUCUGGGGUGAGUGUGCCAGGGAAUGCCACCUCUGGCUGGUGCAUCUUCAUCUACAACCUGGGCCAGGACGCUGACGAGGGCAUCCUGUGGCAGAUGUUUGGCCCCUUCGGAGCCGUCACCAACGUCAAGGUCAUCCGCGACUUCAACACCAACAAGUGCAAAGGCUUCGGCUUUGUUACCAUGACGAACUACGAGGAGGCCGCCAUGGCGAUCGGCAGCCUCAACGGUUACCGCCUCGGGGACAAGAUCCUACAGGUGUCGUUCAAGACCAGCAAAGGCCACAAGUAG